AUGAAGAGAUCCGAGUAUUCACGUAAGCAUGCUGAAGACAUCGCCUAUGCAAAAGCCCUCCACGGUAGUCAACUUAAAAAAGGUCUUUGGUCCAAUCUGAGAUCAAAAAACAACGAUGUUUAUAGCGUCACAUCAAACACUUAUUUCAGCAUGUGGGGAAAGGAUGCCAACAAUGACACGGAAGAAAAUGAAAAGGAUCGUGCCUCUCGAUACAGUACCUUAGUCAAUGCUUACUAUAACUUGGCUACUGAUUUCUAUGAAUAUGGAUGGGGUAAGAGCUUUCAUUUCUGUCGAUUUUAUCCCGGAGAAGAAUUUCAUCUUGCUAUGAAGCGUCAUGAAUACUUUUUGGCGUUGAAAUUGGAUAUUCAGCCUGGCAUGAAGGUGCUUGAUGUAGGUUGUGGUGUUGGUGGUCCUGCUCGUGCUAUUGCACAUUUGACGGGCGCUAGUAUUAUCGGGCUGAACAAUAAUGCAUAUCAACUGGAAAAGGCUAGAGAUUACGCUGUUCAGGAAGAUCUAUCAAAGCAACUAGAGUUUAUCAAGGGUGAUUUUAUGGCUAUUCCUUUUGAUGACAAUACUUUUGAUCGUAUCUAUGCUGUUGAAGCCACUUGUCAUGCUCCUACGUUUGAAGGUGUCUACGCAGAAAUUUACCGUGUCCUGAAGCCUGGAGGAAAGUUUGGUUGUUAUGAAUGGUGCAUGACAGAAAACUACGAUCCUACUAACCAAAAGCAUAAGGAAAUUGCACACGGCAUUGCUCUGGGUAACAGUCUGCCCGAUGUCCGUUCUAUUGCUGAUUCACUAGAAGCUCUUAAGAACGUUGGAUUUCAAAUUGAGUUACAGAUGGAUUUGGCUAAUCAGGGUGACCGUAUCACUUGGUAUUAUCCAUUAGAAGGUGAUUUGCGUCAGUGUCAAACACUGCGUGAUGUCCUCACUACUUUAGUUAUGACAAAAUGGGGACGUUUUACCACAACAAAUAUCUGUCGUGUGCUGGAAAAAAUAGGUCUGGCGCCAAAGGGAACUGUCCAAACUCAGGAGGUGUUGGAAGUUGCGGGUGACUCUGUGGUGGCAGGCGGUCGUGAGGGUAUCUUCACUCCUAUGUUCUUCUUUGUUGCUGUGAAACCUGAAACAGCAGCUACUAAUGCUUAA